AUGGCAACUGAUUGGCGCGAACUAUCCCGCGUCUCAAUCCCAAGCCCUGCACGGGCCAGUAGCCCCAGUUCGGCACAGUCCCAGCCUCCGCAGAAGAACAGUCUCGCUUGUGAACGGUGCUUCAAGCGGAAGCAGAAGUGCGAUAAAUUGCGUCCGGCAUGUACUUCCUGUGCAGAUCUUGGCGUGGAGUGCAUUGCCCGGUCUCAGCAGUUUGACUUUAAUGCUGAGGAUACUACUCUGACGCACGCAAGAGUCAAUGGUUACGUUGAGUCUCUAAGACGUCGUGUUGCUGAACUUGAAGAAAAGAUAAAGGUUGCCGAGCAGAAACAUGUUCAAGCCAGACACGCAUCUUUUGGCACCACGGAUGCUGUUUCGCCCAUCAAUGGCAAACGCCGACGCUCGAAUUAUGGAUCUAUCUCAUGUGCCCCAGUGAAUGAACAGACCGCUGCCAAUGGCGAGGAGCAGUCAAGUGUCCAAGACACCAUGAGCGCCAUCGGCCUCUUGUCUAACAAGGCUAUGGCCGAGUCUCGAACGAACACAGGUGAUGAGCCACACAAACUCGCCAUAAUUGAGUCGAUAUCGGCAGCUUUGGCUGUAGAUGGCCGAGACCCUUCUAAAGCAUCAUCGUCGCAACCGGUGUAUAUGACAGAUGGCCAGCUCAUCCCACUCACACGCGACCUGACACUGAGUCACUUCCAGCGGUUUCUGGACUGGAGCGUAUGGCUACCCCAUAUUGAUGAGAACCGCUUGUUUGAGCAAUACGAGGCUGUACUGGAGACGAGCAACCAAGGCAUUGAUCCAACUAGAACCGCACUGCCUCGCUUCAACACAUACCUAGCUAUAGCAAUAGGCAUCAGCAUGUCAUCUGAUUCUGGUCGCCUCUCCUCACUGGCCACUAAUCUGCAUGGUGCAGCUGUGAAGCUACUACCAUUCAUUCUCCACUCUCAAGAGCCUCUGGACACCCUGCACUGCAUGCUUCUGCUUGCCGUCUUCUCAAUUUUCAGUGCCUCGGGUGGAUCAACAUGGCAUCUCAUGGGCUUCAUCAUGACGAACUGCAUCGCUGCUGGUCUCCACAAGACUGUACCUUCAAGGAACACAUCGGAUACAGAAUACACAUAUCGAGUCGAGUGGUUAUUCUGGAGUGUGUCUCUAUCAUCCGUGAUGGGUAGACCAUUUACUAUUACUGAGGUUGACAUCUCAGUCGCGAUACCAGACAUAACAGAAGAUGAGACUGCCACAGGGCCAGUCAGAGCUAAACUCGCUUUGAGCAAGCAUCUUGUCACCCAUGCACAGCUUAUCUCAGAUGUACUUGGAAGUCACCGGCCCAACCCACUCUUUUCCUACAGCAACCUCUGCUUUUGGCGAGAGUUUCCCCCACAAAACGGAAGCAUUACUACCCCGACAAAUCCUCAGUUCGACUACCUGGAACAGUUAGCAUGCCGGGCACUUAUCCUGAUGGUCAGACCAAGCAACCAGAACCUGACAAACUCCGACAUCGAUGCUGAGAGUAACAGCGAGGUGGAAGCCGAUACGAUUAGUUGCUGCAAGGCGCUCAUAGAGAAACUCUAUAACAGGUCUGGGAGUGGCACCGCGGUAUCUUUCCUAGACGCAUAUGAUAUCUUGGCAGCUGCUGUGGCGUACGUUUGUCUCGUUCAGAAUGCACCACAGCCGAACCAGACAGGCUUGACACAGACCUUUGAAGUAGUGAGCAAAGCAUCUAUACUUCUAACACAGUGCUCGUCCAAAUUCUCCGCAUUGAGCAUCUUCCAGCAGUUCCUCCUAUCACUGUCUACCAAGAUAAUGGAAGGACAAGGCAGCCUGCAGACUCACCAGGACUUCAUCCCCCCCGAAAUCCCAAGUCAUUUGCGUCGUAUGGUGCAACGCUAUUCCUCAUCAGGAACAAUCAGCAACUCGCUUUGA